CUAGUACAUAAAAGUCAAGCCUUCGUAAUAAGCACUCAUUUCUACCGUCACUCCUAACAACACCAGACGACUGUACUAUUACGAUGGAAGAAGAGGAACCGGAGAAAGUAAAGUUUCUUCCCUCUUCCAGUUCACAAGAAGAAUCGUCUAGUCUAAUCAACUCCGAUCUUUCUCCCCCACGUUCUUCUUCCAUGUUACCUUCAUCUACCGGGAUCGCACGACUCGGAAACACACUAUGGAUGAUUAUCGGACUCCUAAUCGUUGCUGCAGCCACCGCUACGCUGCAUCACCUGUUUCUAUCCUUCCUACAUGGUCGCGAGGUGCAACAGCAGUUCUGGAUCAAGAACUCUUCAAACGCACUGAGUACAUCUAUCCAAUGGCUCUGUGCCGCCUCGGUCUCUCUGUCACUCACGCAGCUCAUCUGGUGGUUCAUCCGUCGCCGGCCUUUUACGGUGGUUCAGCUGAACCAUCUAUUCGGAUUACCAAGUCCGUUUUUGAUUAUCAUCAUGGGACUGUUUUAGAGCUGAAGGGAGGAUGUAUAGAUAAAUAAUGACGCAAGCGUAUCAGAUAUACUUCGGGAGAGAUAUAUAAAGGGCGAGGUCCCCAAACUCCAAUUUACGUGCCUG